UUCAACUGAAAUUCCUCCGUUUCUUCAAGGGAUUACAUCAUUGAUUUCUGCACUUUCACUACCUGGGUUUGUCUCCUUAAACCCUGAAGGCUGAUGGGUAAAGCCCUAUAAUCUACAAAACCCCUGAAAAUCCAGGAAACAGCAAGAAAAUCCGAGGUCAUGCCAGUGGCAAUGGCAUGCGCUGGAGUGCUGGCAUUCUCAUCUGUGCCCAAAAACUCAGACCCAUCAUCAUCAUCAUCAUCAAAGGUAUGCAGAAGCUCUACUGCUACAGUUUCUUGCGUUUCACAUUGCGUAUGUUCUGCUGCUAGUACCAGUACUGCCAUUGAACAAGCAAAUUUACAGAAAUUUAGUUACAGCAGGGCGUCUCCAUCUGUGAGAUGGCCUCACCUGAAGCUGACUGAGAAUUACCCACCAUCACAGAGGCCUACCCAUGUUGUGGAAGAUGUGGGUCUUUUGGAAAACACUCAUGAUUCUUUAGGAAAAGAGGAAAUUAGGGAGAUAGGUGAAGCGGGUUUUGGGGAGGGUUUGGAAUUAGGUGAUGAAACCCAGGAUUUUUUGGGGAAAACUAGUAAGAAUAGGGUGAAGAAAAUGACUAAAUUGGCUCUUAAAAGGGCUAAAGACUGGAGGCAGAGGGUACAGUUUUUGACCGAUAGGAUACUGGGGUUGAAAUCAGAGGAGUUUGUGGCUGAUGUGUUGGAUGAUAGAAAGGUUCAGAUGACGCCUACAGAUUUUUGCUUUGUUGUGAAGUGGGUUGGGCAGUCGAGCUGGCAACGGGCAUUGGAGGUUUACGAGUGGCUGAAUCUUCGCCACUGGUACUCUCCCAAUGCCAGGAUGCUCGCCACUAUAUUGUCGGUGCUCGGGAAGGCCAAUCAGGAAGCAUUGGCUGUGGAAAUAUUUGCCCGAGCAGAGGCUGCAGCUGGUAACACUGUCCAAGUUUACAAUGCAAUGAUGGGUGUUUAUGCCCGAGCAGGUCGGUUCACUAAGGUUCAAGAAUUGCUUGAUUUAAUGCGGUCACGGGGAUGUGAGCCAGAUCUUGUGAGCUUCAAUACUUUGAUAAAUGCCCGGUUGAAAUCAGGUACCACGGUAACAAAUUUGGCUAUUGAACUGCUUAAUGAGGUUAGAAGGUCAGGUAUUCAACCUGAUAUAAUCACUUACAACACUCUUAUUAGUGCUUGUUCACGUGAGUCCAAUUUGGAGGAGGCAGUGAAGGUGUACAAUGACAUGGUGGCUCAUCGUUGUCAACCUGAUUUAUGGACUUAUAAUGCAAUGAUUUCAGUUUAUGGAAGAUGUGGAAUGUCCAGAGAGGCAGGUAGGCUCUUUAAGGACUUGGAGUCAAAAGGGUUUCUCCCUGAUGCAGUGACGUAUAAUUCUAUGCUAUAUGCAUUUGCUAGAGAAGGGAAUGUGGAUAAGGUCAAGGAGAUUUGCGAGGACAUGGUAAAAAUGGGUUUUGGAAAAGAUGAAAUGACUUAUAACACCAUUAUCCACAUGUAUGGAAAGCGAGGACAGCAUGAUCUAGCAUUUCAGCUUUAUAGUGACAUGAAACUGUCAGGCCGAAGUCCUGAUGCUGUUACCUACACUGUUUUGAUUGAUUCACUUGGGAAAGCAAAUAUGAUAAAGGAGGCUGCAGAGGUGAUGUCCGAGAUGUUGAAUGCAGGAGUUAAACCCACUUUGCGAACUUUCAGUGCUUUGAUUUGUGGGUAUGCCAAGGCCGGGAAGAGGGUGGAGGCUGAAGAGACUUUUGAUUGCAUGUUGAGGUCCGGGAUCAAACCUGAUCAUCUAGCAUACUCUGUUAUGUUAGAUAUCCUUUUAAGGUUUAAUGAGAGUGGGAAGGCAAUGAAGUUGUAUCAAGAAAUGGUUCUUCAUAGUUUCAAGCCGGAUCAUGCCCUUUAUGAGGUCAUGCUUCGAGUACUUGGGAAGGAAAACAGAGAGGAAGAUGUUCACAAAGUGGUCAAGGAUAUGGAGGAGUUAUGUGGUAUGAACUCACAAGUUAUUUGUUCUAUUCUUGUUAAGGGGGAAUGUUUUGACCAUGCUGCUAACAUGUUGAGAUUGGCCAUCAGCCAGGGCUGUGAACUUGACCGUGAGAAUUUGUUAUCUAUUUUGGGUUCAUAUGGUUCAUCUGGAAGACACUUGGAGGCACGGGAGUUGCUUGAUUUCUUGAGAGAACAUUCUUCUGGAUCACAUCAAUUAAUAAAUGAGGCUCUGAUUAUCAUGCUUUGCAAGGCUCACCAGCUGGGUGAUGCUUUGAGAGAAUAUGGCAAAGCUAGGGAUUUUGGUUUGUUUUGUGGAAGUUUCACCAUGUAUGAGUCCUUGCUUCAGUGCUGUGAAGAAAAUGAACUCUUUGCUGAAGCUUCUCAGAUAUUUUCUGAUAUGAGAUUUUAUGGUGUGGAACCUUCUGAUCACCUUUACCGAAGCAUGGUAGUUACAUAUUGUAAAAUGGGAUUCCCUGAGACAGCUCAUUAUUUGAUUGAUCAGGCAGAGGAAAAAGGCCUUCUAUUUGAUGAUGUAUCCAUCCAUACUGGUGUUAUUGAGGCAUAUGGGAAAUUGAAGCUGUGGCAAAAAGCAGAAAGCUUGGUUGGAAGUCUUCGACAGAAGUGUACAAUGGUGGAUCGGAAGGUUUGGAAUGCCUUAAUACAUGCUUAUGCAGCAGGUGGCUGCUAUGAGCGAGCAAGGGCUAUUUUUAAUACAAUGAUGAGAGAUGGUCCUUCCCCAACCGUAGAUUCCGUGAAUGGUCUCAUGCAAGCUUUAAUUGUUGAUGGGAGACUAGAUGAGCUCUAUGUGGUAAUACAGGAGUUGCAAGAUAUGGGUUUUAAGAUAAGUAAAAGUUCAAUUACACUGAUGCUUGAUGCAUUUGCACAUGCAGGGAACAUAUUUGAGGUGAAAAAAAUAUACCAGGGAAUGAAGGCUGCUGGUUAUUUUCCUACCAUGCAUCUCUACAGAAUCAUGAUUGGGUUGCUAGCCAAGGGAAAACGAGUAAGGGAUGUUGAAGCAAUGGUUUCUGAGAUGGAAGUAGCAGGAUUCAAGCCCGACCUUUCUAUAUGGAAUUCUGUGCUCAAAUUAUACACAGGAAUUGGGGAUUUUAAAAAGACGGGUCAGGUGUAUCAGCUGAUUCAAGAAGCUGGACUUAAACCAGAUGAGGACACUUACAAUACUUUAAUAUUAAUGUACUGUAGAGAUCGUAGACCAGAAGAAGGUUUGUCCCUGAUGCAUGAAAUGAGAAGGGUUGGUUUGGAGCCUAAAUUGGACACUUACAAAAGCUUGAUUUCAGCAUUUGGGAAACUGCAGAUGGUAGAACAAGCUGAGGAACUUUUUGAAGGGUUGCUGUCAAAAGAGUAUAAAUUGGAUCGCUCUUUUUAUCAUAUUAUGAUGAAAAUGUUUAGAAAUUCUGGAAACCAUUCCAAAGCUGAAAAGCUACUUGGCGUGAUGAAGGAAGCUGGAGUAGAACCUACCAUUGCCACAAUGCACUUACUUAUGGUUUCUUACAGUGGUUCUGGACAGCCAGAGGAAGCUGAAAAAGUUCUUGAUAAUUUGAAAGUGGAAGGUUUACCUCUUAGUACACUACCAUAUAGUUCAGUUAUUGAUGCUUAUCUUAAGAAUGGUGACCAUAACGUUGCCAUUCAAAAGCUUAUGGAGAUGAAGAAAGAUGGUCUGGAGCCAGACCACAGAAUAUGGACAUGCUUUGUUAGGGCUGCGAGUUUAUCCCAGCACACAAGUGAAGCUAUAGUCCUCUUAAAGGCACUCCGGGAUACUGGAUUUGAUCUUCCAAUCAGGCUUCUCACAGAAAAAUCUGAUUCUCUAGUUUCUGAGGUAGACAAUUGUUUGGAGAAACUAGGACCCCUGGAAGACAAUGCAGCCUUUAACUUUGUCAAUGCUCUCGAAGACCUAUUGUGGGCAUUUGAACUCCGGGCUACUGCUUCAUGGGUUUUCCAAUUGGCAGUUAAGAGGAGUAUCUAUCGCCAUGAUGUGUUCAGGGUAGCUGAAAAAGAUUGGGGAGCUGAUUUUAGAAAGAUGUCUGCUGGUUCUGCUCUUGUUGGCCUCACUUUGUGGCUUGACCACAUGCAGGAUGCAUCAUUACAAGGUUAUCCUCUGUCUCCAAAAUCAGUUGUUCUGAUAACAGGAACUGCAGAAUAUAACAUGGUUUCCCUAAACAGCACAUUAAAGGCAUUCCUUUGGGAAAUGGGUUCUCCAUUUCUUCCUUGUAAAACACGGAGUGGGCUACUUGUAGCAAAGGCCCACUCCCUCAGGAUGUGGUUGAAAGACUCUUCAUUUUGCUUGGAUCUUGAGUUGAAAGAUGCGCCAUCACUUCCUGAAUCAAAUUCGAUGCAACUGAUGGAAGGGUGUUUCCUAAGACGUGGCCUUGUUCCUGCUUUCAAGGACAUAACUGAGAGACUAGGAGAUGUAAGGCCAAAGAAAUUUGCUAGAUUGGCUUUGCUACCAGAUGAGAAAAGAGAUAAAGUCAUUCGAGCGGAUAUAGAAGGUGGGAAAGAGAAGUUGGAAAAGAUGAAGAAAAAGGUUGGGGUUAAGAGGAGAAGGAAGCUUGUGGGAAGAAAAUUCAUUCGAGGAGUUGUGCUAUCAAAACCUGUAGAGAUUAGAUAAAAAAAACAAGCCUUGAAAUAGUCACCUAAUAAAAAGACAUCUCGCUGCCUUGCAAUAAAUUAGUUCUUUACUUCUAUCCCUUCACAAUUUUGAUUAUGCCUUGAAGAGAAUCAGAAAGGUACACAAUGAUGUUUUUUAAAGGAAUGGAAAAUAUAUUAAAACUGAUAGUUGAAUGUUAAAAUGUUUUACAUGUUUUUCCUAUUACUGCAUACCAACUGCUGGACAUCCAGGAUUCAUUCUGAGAGUUUCAUUCCAUGCAGUUCAUCAACAAUUGAGAGAAUCCUACUGUAAGUGAAUCCUUUUUGUUAGGUUGCUGUAAAAGCUUGCAUUGUAUAUUACCUUCAACACUUCUUUUUUUACUUUCCCCUCGAUUCCCUGCAAUUGUGGCCCUGCUUUGAUUAGAUUUAUUUGUGAUAUUUAGGCACUGUUAGCAUCUCAGUGGCAGUUCAAAAGACUGUAUUUGGGCUGUGUACUCCCUUUUAGUGGCUGCUUCUUUCUUUUUCCUUGACAUUUUAUGCAAAAUGACCAUGGUUUGGUGAGUGAUUCUUUGAAAUUUAUUGCAGUUAGCAUUAUGAAAGCACUUCAAAAGCUGAAAGCUCAAGAGCUGAAAAGAAGAUUUUUGGUUUAAAACCAAAUGUACCUUCUAGGAAGCAAGAAAGGAAAAAAGUUUAAACUCCAUUUCUUUUCCUUCCCAUUUCUUCAGCUUGGGAGUUCUCCUUUUCUCGAGGGAGACCAAUCGGAAGUGCCCAAGUCUUAUUCCUUCAUUUUUUCCCAUUCCCUCUCUAUAAAAAGAGGCCUUGCUGUUUCUCUGAUAUUUCUUCUCCAUUUCCACAAAGAUUAACACUAAGAACUUUCAAGGAGAGUUAGUGACAUUCAGCAACAGCGGUUUCCAAAAUACUGCACUAGUUCUAGCUUCCUUCUGAAUGAUCGUCGUAGAGAUAAUUUCUUUGUGCUUGGAUAUGUAAUCUGCAUUUUAUCAAUGUACAGGACCCUUUUGUGACUUUUCUGAGUUCUGACCUGUUCAUAACCUAGAAUGGAUAUCAUUUAAUGCGAACCAGGUAUAUUUUAAUUGAACUACAGUGUUUUUAUAUUUUUAUCAAAGUUUCUGUUGUGUCCCUUACUAUCUUGGGCAUAUUGAUAUCUUAGAUAAUUUGCACUUGAACAAUUUAGUAGAAUGAAUAUGAAGGAUUAUACUUUGCUUGAGAGGGUUUGAGGUUUUCUUUUGAAUGGAAGUAAAUCAGUCGUAUCCGCUGUAGGAUUGGCUAGUGACUGACUACACUUUGGAUGAGUUAUGUGUAAAAACAGCUAAUUUUGUGAUAACGUCUGUGAGAGAAGGCAGAUUUCUAUUUUUGAUUUUCUACUCAAAGAUCGGAGAAAAUUAAGCAAAAUCCAGGCACACAAAUCUUGAUUUGCAAGGGUGGAGAACUUUCUUGCUCUCAUUUUUCCAACUUAGAGAAAAAAGAAAGACUAUUAAAGCUUGUUCUUUUGUAGAUAUUUCUGCUGAGAAGGUUUAGGGAAACUUUGGGUGUCUUUUGAAUAAAUCAGAUAACAGGCUUCUAGUUCCAGUUCACUUACUUUUUCACCACUGCCUUUUAGAGGCUUAUUUUUCCUAGCAGAGUGCAACCAGGAAAGGGUUUGGUUUAUGACAGAGGGCCUACAAUGUUUCUCUCUCUCUCUCUCUCUCUCUCUUGGGAUUUAAUUUCUCAUAAUUUCUACAUUGCUUUGUUUUUUUUUGUAAUUUUUUGAAGAAGGAAAAAUGCAAGAAUCCUUGUUUUGGUGGAUACUUUCUAGAAAUGGGUUUGAGAAUGAUGCUAAAAUGGUGCCAUUUUUAUGGAGGAUACCAGAAAGAUGUUCUUGACCAUUAUCAUUCUUAAGGCUUUUAGCCCAAGUAGGUUUAAACUUUUGCAUGAACUUAAUAGCUUAACGAGCUUGAAUGACAUGAACCUGGCCAUGUGCAUUUGACAACCAGCUGUGUCUUCACUCUACAUGCAUGAAGAUCAGUCCCAUCUCCAUUUUUGAUUUACAUUCUCAAAAAGAAGGAACAAAGCCUCCUCUUUGUUCAUCUUUCUCCUUAUCUCUCUCUCAACCACAACAUUUCUUCUGUGCUCUAAUUCUUCAUAUGUGACAGAUUUCAGGGUUGCUGCUUUGAAGAUCCACUGGAUUGAGUUCACAUCAUCACAAGUAACAGUUCUGAUGUGAAACCAUGAAGUUUUGUUUGUGUGCUCAUGUGAAUCCAUUAUCAACAUGUAUCUGGUCUGCAAUUUGUGAAUCCAUUAUCAAAUUCUAUGAAUUCAAGAUACAUGUGUUUAUAAGACUAAACACCUGGUUUUACUCUGGAUUGUCAAUCCACAGAUCAAAUCUUCAGCAUGAGGGUGUUUUUUUUUUUUUUUUUCUUCGGGAGGGUGUCAAAUGGGAAGGAUGAGCAUA